AUGGAAAAGAUUGAUCAAUUUUCACAAGGAGCUCCUAUUGGUAAGAAGCUUAGGCUAUUUGGUUUCGACUUUGAUUUUAGUCAAAAUAAUGCAAGUAAUUUAGAACACGACGAAGGGAGAGUGCAAGGUAAACGUAAAUGUCCAUUUUGUGAGAAAGAGUUCACAAAUUCACAAGCGUUAGGAGGUCACCAAAACGCGCACAAGAAAGAGAGGUUGGUGAUGAGAAAAUCGCAGCUCGCGGCGAAGAAAGCGAGCAUUGAGUUCUACCUUCGGUCUCUUGAUCAUCGUUUUUCUAGCUCUUUGGUGUAUGAUUCACCAUUUAUGUUUGAUUCCAUCAGUGAGCCCUUGCAAGUUUAUGUCCCUUACUAA